AUGACGGGGCGAGCCAGAGCCAGAGCGAGAGGGCGGGCUCGGGGCCAGGAGACUGCACCGCACGUGGGCGCUAGUCAGCCACCUGGCUAUCCUCAGCCUAGACCUCAGCAGCCGCCAGCAGAGGGGGAAUUGGUUGGCCGUGGUCGGCAGAGGGGACCAGUAGGAGCAACAGCCAAAUCACAAGAGCUCCAGAUUUCUGCUGGAUUUCAGGAGUUAUCCUUAGCAGAGAGAGGGGGUCGUCGGAGAGACUUUCACGAUCUCGGUGUGAACACAAGGCAGAACCUUGACCAUGUCAAAGAAUCCAAAACAGGUUCUUCGGGGAUUAUAGUAAGGCUGAGCACCAACCACUUCCGCCUGACCUCCCGGCCACAGUGGGCCCUGUACCAGUACCACAUCGACUACAGCCCCCUGAUGGAGGCCCGCAGACUCCGCUCGGCCCUCCUCUUCCAGCACGAAGACUUGAUCGGACGGUGUCACGCUUUCGACGGAACAAUAUUAUUUUUACCUAAAAGACUACAGCAUAAGGUCACGGAGGUCUUCAGCCAGACGCGGAAUGGGGAGCACGUGCGGAUCACGAUUACCCUGACCAACGAGCUGCCGCCCACGUCACCGACGUGCCUGCAGUUCUACAACAUCAUUUUCCGGAGGCUCUUGAAGAUCAUGAAUUUGCAACAGAUUGGACGGAAUUAUUAUAAUCCAAGUGACCCGAUCGACAUUCCAAAUCACAGGUUGGUGAUUUGGCCUGGCUUCACCACCUCCAUCCUUCAGUACGAGAAUAACAUCAUGCUGUGUACCGACGUCAGCCACAAAGUCCUUCGAAGUGAGACUGUUUUAGAUUUCAUGUUCAACUUGUACCAUCAGACUGAAGAACAUAAAUUUCAAGAACAAGUUUCUAAAGAAUUAAUAGGUUUAAUUGUACUGACCAAGUAUAACAAUAAAACAUACAGAGUAGACGACAUCGACUGGGACCAGAACCCAAAGAGCACCUUUAAGAAAGCGGACGGCUCUGAGGUCAGCUUCCUGGAGUACUACAGGAAGCAAUACAACCAGGAAAUCACUGACUUGAAACAGCCGGUUCUGGUCAGCCAGCCCAAGAGGAGGAGGGGCCCUGGCGGCACACUGCCAGGACCCGCCAUGCUCAUCCCCGAGCUCUGCUACCUCACAGGUCUGACUGAUAAAAUGCGUAACGAUUUUAACGUGAUGAAAGACUUAGCCGUUCAUACGAGGCUGACCCCAGAGCAGCGGCAGCGUGAGGUGGGGAGGCUCAUCGAUUAUAUUCACAAAGACGAUAACGUCCAGAGGGAGCUUCGAGACUGGGGUUUGAGCUUCGACUCCAACUUACUAUCCUUCUCAGGAAGAAUUUUGCAAGCAGAAAAGAUUCACCAAGGUGGAAAAACAUUUGAUUACAAUCCACAAUUUGCAGAUUGGUCAAAAGAAACGAGAGGUGCACCAUUAAUUAGUGUUAAGCCGCUAGAUAACUGGCUGUUGAUCUAUACUCGAAGAAAUUAUGAAGCAGCCAAUUCAUUGAUACAAAACCUAUUUAAAGUUACACCAGCCAUGGGCAUACAAAUGAAAAAGGCAAUAAUGAUUGAAGUGGAUGAUAGAACUGAAGCCUAUUUACGCGUCUUGCAGCAGAAGGUCACAUCGGACACUCAGAUAGUUGUUUGUCUAUUGUCAAGUAAUCGGAAAGACAAAUACGAUGCUAUUAAAAAAUACCUAUGCACAGACUGCCCCACUCCAAGUCAGUGUGUGGUGGCCCGGACGCUAGGCAAGCAGCAGACCGUCAUGGCCAUCGCUACCAAAAUCGCCCUGCAGAUGAACUGCAAGAUGGGAGGGGAACUUUGGAGGGUCGAUAUGCCUCUGAAGCUAGCGAUGAUAGUGGGCAUCGAUUGCUACCACGACACCACAGCUGGACGGAGGUCAAUUGCAGGAUUUGUUGCGAGCAUCAAUGAGGGGAUGACCCGCUGGUUCUCUCGCUGUGUGUUUCAAGACAGAGGACAGGAGCUGGUGGACGGGCUCAAGGUGUGCCUGCAAGCCGCCCUGCGGGCCUGGAACAGCUGCAACGAGUACAUGCCCAGCCGCGUCAUCGUGUACCGGGACGGCGUGGGUGACGGCCAGCUGAAGACGCUGGUCAACUACGAGGUGCCGCAGUUCCUGGACUGCCUCAAGUCCGUGGGCAGAGGCUACAACCCCAGACUAACAGUGAUCGUGGUGAAGAAACGCGUGAACGCCAGAUUUUUUGCUCAGUCUGGAGGGAGACUUCAGAAUCCGCUUCCGGGAACAGUGAUCGACGUGGAGGUGACCCGCCCGGAAUGGUAUGAUUUUUUUAUUGUGAGCCAGGCGGUGAGAAGCGGCAGCGUCUCCCCCACGCACUACAACGUCAUCUACGACAACAGCGGCCUGAAGCCAGACCACAUACAGAGGCUCACCUACAAGCUGUGCCACGUCUAUUACAACUGGCCAGGUGUCAUCCGCGUUCCUGCCCCUUGCCAGUAUGCCCACAAGCUGGCCUUCCUCGUCGGCCAGAGCAUCCACAGAGAACCCAACCUGUCACUGUCCAACCGCCUUUACUACCUCUAA